GACGUCGCCAAUUGGGAUUUCAGUGCGCGUUUGUUUCGUCUGCGCUGCGGUUGCUGAAAUUUGCUCAGGAGCUCAGGACAUUCCAGGAUACCCAGAUCGGUAGCCAAUGGAAGCCACUAGGCCGGACCCCUUUGACGAAUCGCUAGCGAUCACUGCCACAUAAAAAUAUGCCCAACGUGGACGAAAGGGUGAAAAAGGGUAAAGCCAUUAAGCGAGUGGAAUCGCCAGCAUCCGAGGAGAGAAUCAAAGAAUCCAAAGGGGAGUCGGAAACCAAAGAGGAUUCCGAGGAAGCCAGUGGAAAGAUCAAAAGCCGAUCCCGGUUCUCGGCGGCACUCAGAAGUAUCUCGAAAAGCAAAACCAAAAAGGACAAAAGCGCCGACAGAGAAACCAAAAGCGGCGCCGAGGAGGAGGAGGAGGCGGAUCAGACUGUGGAGGAGGAGAUAGAUACGCCCGGUGACCUACUGGAGGUGGCCAGCUCCAUAAGCACGGAUAGCGGGGCGGUGGGCAAGACCAAGAAGAAGAGUCUGACGCGACGACUUCUCCUGGGCGGAUUGCGGAAGAGCGGGAAGACCGCCAAGGUGCGACCGCACAGCCUGGCCACCAGCGACGAUAUCAGCCUGGAACGGGUGGAGGCUUCCCUACCGGCCACACCCUCCUCGCCCUCGGCCGCCAGCAGCACCCUGCAAAUAACCAUCAGCGGCAAGAAGGUGGAACCAGCCGUCAUUAGCUCCUCGAAGAAGACAAGCAAAUCCCGGCCGAAGAGCACCGCAACCGAGACGGAUUACCUGACACCGGCGGCGGGGGAGAAGCAGAAAAAGAAAACCACUACCACGACGGUGACAACCCGAGAUACUAGCAGCACCCGCACCACCACUAAGCUAGUUGUGGCCAAGAAGAAGCAACAGCCCCAGCAGCUAACGACGCAGCAGCAGCAGCAGCAGCUGCCGCAGGGUAAGCUCCAAGAAAGAGAGUCACCUCUUAUCACCGAGAGCACGCGCGAUACGCCGCCGCGAGAGCGAGCACCGGCCAAGCCCAGUCGCCUCCAGGUAGGGCCCACCGCUCAGGUGGUUCAGUCUGCCAGCGGCACCGGAGCAGUUCGCAAGUCGGUCACCAGUUCGUCCAGCAAGAAGCUGGAGUUAAUGCAGCAACAGCAGCAGCGUGGCCAUCGCCUCCAUACCGCCAGAAAUCCAAACAACCAAACAACCGUGGCUGAGCCGGCGAUUCAGGAACCAGCACAACCGGAGCUGGAAGUCACCUCGUCCAUCUCAACAAUCCCCCAAGUCCCUGACGACGGUAUAUCCUCGGCGGAGAGUGCCCAGACCCUUGGCCAAUCCUCGCCCGUUGUCCGUUUCGCGGUGGGCAGUGCUGUUCGCAGUCCCUUGAGUGCCUACGAAGCUGCCUUGGCCGCUGCCGCCGCCAACCAACAGCCCAGUUCCGGCGACGAGCCCAGUGACUCCAGUCUCCGACGCCUCCAAUUCGCUCACCAGCAACAGCUCCUGCUGAGCGACCACGACAGCAUUGAGGGCAGACGGGAGACUUUGCACUACCAGUCAGUGGCUAGCGAAUUCCAGGACUCUGGUUCCGAGGAGCAGGAGAGUGACGAUACCAAGGGUACCGAGAGCGCCAAACCCAUGCCGGCCUUCGGUGACCUGACAAUGGAUCAGGAAAUGGAACCGGCCAUCAUGACGUCCACCAGCGAAAAGCGCGAACAUCUGUACAAGAUUCUAGUCAUCGGGGAGCUGGGAACCGGCAAGACAUCCUUCAUCAAGCGAUACGUCCACCAGUUCUUUAGCCAGAACUACAGGGCCACCAUCGGUGUGGACUUUGCCCUGAAAGUGCUCCAAUGGGAUGCCAAUACGAUAGUGCGUCUCCAGCUAUGGGAUAUCGCCGGACAGGAGCGUUUCGGCAACAUGACCCGGGUCUACUACAAGGAGGCGGUGGGCGCCUUCAUCGUGUUCGAUGUGACCCGCAGCGGUACCUUCGAUUGUGUGAGCAAAUGGAAGGAGGACCUGGACUCCAAGGUGCAACUGCCAGACGGCAGUCCCAUACCAUGCAUCCUGCUGGCCAAUAAGUGCGACCAGGAGAAGCAGGGCAUCAUCACGCAACCGGAGAAGAUGGAUGAGUACGUGCGAGAGAAUGGAUUCGCCGGCUGGUUUGAGACGUCCGCCAAGGAGAACAUCAACAUAGACGAGGCGGCCCGUGCCCUCGUUAACAAGAUACUCAUCAACGAUAAGCUGAUAACUGCCGAUCUGGCCGAUGGCGACAAGUUCAACCUGAGCAGUGCGGGCGAUGCAACGGGCUCGGAUCUGAAGAACAAGUGUUCCUGCUGAGGUCACUCAUCCAAACGCCCUCCAGUUCCCAUUCCAACCCAGUCCAACCGCGUCCAGGGGCGAUUCUCCAGAGCCAGAAACGCAUUGUGCCUGUGCCUACACCAUGUUCAUGUUGUUAGAAGAUAGCGAUAACUACACUUAGGUUUUCAAAGUAACAUUUGUCUAAGACUUAGCCUCAUCCAAAAGCCAUUCCAUCAAAAGAAUAAUGUAUCCAUCCAACAGUUAGCACCCGAGAGGUCGUAAAUACCGAUAAGAGCUCAUCUUUGAGUCCACAUUGUUGCAUGAAUCUAUAUAACUUUCGUGGCACAUAACUUACCUACGCAUACACACCAUUAUUAGUGCUAUCAUUAUUGCCGCUCCGCUCCGCUCCGGGUCUCGGGCCUCGGAUCUCGGAUCUCGGGGAUUAGGCUGAGAUAGCCCACCACAGCAUCCGUAUCAUAGAAUUCUACAUUUGUGUAAAAUACGAAUCGUGUUCUUUGUUUUGUUUGUUUUAUUUGCUGGCUUUGCUGGCGAGAUUGUUUUAUCUUGGAAUUAUUACACACACUUGCAUAAACGCUCUGCCAUCUUUAUUUGCAUUUAGAUAACAAUACGUACGUUUUAUGCAAUACGAAAUGGAAAAUAAAGUUUUUAAUGGUAGUUAAGAUAA